GAGGGAGGAUCAGUAGACUGCAGGACAAGGAACCCAACAGAAAACAGAGAAUUUAGAAUCAAAGAAAAUUAAGAAAACUGGAGGCCGAGUAGUCCUACAGACCAAGAAGACAGAACCUUGAGUGUAUUACUGUUCCUGCUAGAAUGGCUGGAUUGUGGCGUUGCAUGCUGGCAGUGGUGCUGCUGAUGCUUGUAUGCCUGUGGGGUAUCACUGAGGCCGUAGGGGGGGCGAGGAGUCGACCACGACCCCAAAGGCGACCUCAUAAGAAGCCAAAGGUUGAGCCUAUUGACCUGGCCCAACCCGCGCCGAGCAUAGACAUACAACAGAUAACAGGGACGUGGUACCUCCUCAACACGGCCUCCAAAUGCUCCCACCUGAUCAAUCAUGGGACCAAAGUGGAGCCGACAGUCAUGACCCUGACACGUCCCGCUGAUUCUGUCCAAACACUGUCCGUUAGCACUAAAACACGACAUAAUCACCAGUGUUGGGAGAUAUUACAAGUCUACCAUUUAACUUCCACCCCAGGACGACUAACGCUUAAAGGAGCUCGCCCUGAGUUGAACAUAGAUAUAGUGAUCGGGGAGACGGACUACACCUCCUACGCGAUUAUGUACUACCAGAAACACGGCAAGAUGACACUGAAGCUCUACGGCAGAUCUGUAGACAACCUAUCAGAGCCGAUGUUGACCAAGUUUGAAGAGCUUGCUGAAAAACAGGGUUUUAGCCUGGCCUACCUGUUCCCCUUCCCCACCUACAGUCAUUGUGGCGCUGUGGACCGGGAUCAUAUAAUCAACUGUGUUCCCACAUGUUGAAGAGGUGGAGCUGCACAAUGGACCACAAAGAGAAAAUUGUUGAAAGAAUGAACCAGUGCAUUGAAAAUGUGAAAAAAAACUUUAAAUUGUACGGGUUACAGAAAAAUAAAACGAUAGCAUGAAAUAUAA